UAGGUAUAAAUACCUAAACCCAUCAUCUGGCAGAGUUGGGCAACCCUUACAUUCGGUGGACAGGAUCUGAUCCCGGGAUUUUUUUACAUCUUUCUUUUCUCCUAAGCAGGUGGAGUAAGAAUUGCAGCCAUGGCGAAGAACUGUCAUAACGACUACAAAAUGAAGUUCUCUGGGGACGAGGAGUUCCCAGAUCUGUCCCUGCACAACAACCACAUGGCCAAGGUGCUGAACAAGGACAUCUACAACAAGCUGAGGGGAAAGUCCACCCCCAGCGGCUUCACCGUGGAUGACGUCAUCCAGACUGGUGUUGACAACCCUGGUCACCCCUUCAUCAUGACCGUGGGUUGCGUUGCUGGUGAUGAGGAGACCUAUGAGGUCUUCAAGGAUCUGCUGGACCCCAUCAUCUCCAACCGUCAUGGCGGGUACAAGCCCACCGACAAGCACCAGACCGACCUGAACUUCGAGAACCUGAAGGGAGGUGACGAUCUGGACCCCAACUACGUUCUGUCCAGCCGCGUUCGUACCGGACGCAGCAUCAAGGGAUUCACCCUGCCCCCCCACAACAGCCGUGGAGAGCGCAGAGGGAUCGAGAAACUGUCCAUCGAGGCCCUGGCCAGUCUGGAGGGUGAGUUCAAGGGAAAGUACUUCCCCCUGAGCGGCAUGACCGACGCUGAGCAGGAUCUGCUGAUCAAUGAUCACUUCCUUUUCGACAAGCCCGUGUCUACCCUGCUGACCUGCGCCGGAAUGGCCCGUGACUGGCCCGACGGCAGAGGCAUCUGGCACAACGACAACAAGACCUUCCUGGUCUGGGUGAACGAGGAGGAUCAUCUGCGCGUGAUCUCCAUGCAGCUGGGAGGCAACAUGAAGGAGGUCUUCAGACGCUUCUGCGUUGGCCUGCAGAAGAUUGAGGACAUCUUCAAGAAGCACAACCACGGCUUCAUGUGGAACGAGCAUCUGGGCUACAUCCUGACCUGCCCCUCCAACCUGGGAACCGGCCUGCGCGGCGGAGUGCACGUCAAGCUGCCCAAGCUCAGCACACAUGCCAAGUUUGAGGAGAUCCUCACCAGGCUGCGUCUGCAGAAGCGUGGCACAGGUGGUGUGGACACAGCCUCCGUGGGCGGCGUGUUCGACAUCUCCAACGCUGACCGUCUGGGCUCCUCCGAGGUGGCUCAGGUCCAGCUGGUGGUUGACGGUGUCAAGCUGAUGGUUGAGAUGGAGAAGAAGCUCGAGAAGGGAGAGUCCAUCGAUGGCAUGAUCCCCGCCCAGAAGUAAAGUGGACAAGCAAUGACUGGAUGACUGUCUGCGUUUUUUUUUUUUUACAUGAUAAAAAAUAAUCAGGUAGCCUCGUUGUAAAGUUAUUUUGAGCUACUUUCUACUUACUUCUUUCCGUCAAGAAGACACUCCACUUUUCUCUCUGCUUCUUCCUUUCCUGCUGUAUCUUGGGUUCCAAUUUCCUGUCACUGUAAUCACAUCUCUCCCCAUUUUCUCUGCAACAUCCUGGGAUCAAUCCAUGCAUAAUCUGUAAUGGCUAUGCACUGAAAUAAAAUGUUUUUUUUGGUUGGAAAAUUCACCUGGACAAUUAAAUCAUGCCCCAUGUAACAAUCAAA